AUGUCAUACAAUCCAGCCCAAUACCACCCCAACAACACAGCAACCACUUUCACCAGGGUCAAUCCCAGUAAAAGCGAAAAAAACUUCACUCUUAUCGUGAAAAGAAAUACCCCAUGUCAAUGA